CUCGCCAUCCAUCGAGUCAUCGAGUCAGUCACUGCACACACAGGUCCAUCGGAGCCGCGAGCAGUCUGCCUCACCUGUCCGUCCACUGUACACUCCCACACGACCCGAAGCCCACACAAGCAAACGCUCUCUACACACCCCCCGAAGACUCAUUCCCCCGUCGCUCAUCUAUUCUAGGCCACUGUCGUGACCCCCUGCGUCAGACAGGCCACAUACUCCCGCCACAUGAGCGUCCGCUCAGGAAACCGCAGCAGCCGCCGCAAGUAGUCGCUGAUGAACUCAGGAGACGUCUGGUCCCGCCCCUCUGCCAACAGGUCAUACGUCACCACGGCAGCCCCCCGGUCGAUCUCUCUGUCCUCCGUCACAUAGGGGUUGACGCGCGUCAGCAUGCGGACCACGCUCUCGGGCGACGCCCAUAUGGGGCGGUCUGCCGUGCGCAUCUGCAGCUGCCGCAGGCCGUCCAUGUCGGAGGAGGCUUCUAAAGCCUGACGGUAGAGUUCCCCGACCAGCCUGGGGCGAUCUUCGAGAGCCUCGUAUGGGUAGCAGAAGGGGAGGUACGGCAGCAGCUCCACAAACUCGUCACGCGAGAUGAACUCUGUCGGGGUGGCUCUCAGCUUGCGGCCCGCCUUGCCCUUCCUGAAGCUGCCGGGCGGCCGCGGCAGCUUCUUCUCCGCCCGACCCUCCUCAUUCAGAAACCGGUUGAAGGGAUUCCGCUCCUUUGAGUCCAGCCCGUGUGUCGCCACCCACGUCAGCAGCGCCUCCCUAUCGAGCCCCUCGCCCUCGCCGGCGUCAUCCGCCUCUCUCAGCAUCCUCUUCAUGUCGAAGAGCUUGAACCACGGCGCUCGGCAGAACGCGGUGGAGUCGGCGGGCAUCUGCCACCCCCGCUCGUUGUCCUUGCGGCGGUUGUCGAUUCGCCUGGCGUGUUUGAAGGUCAUCUGCUGCAUCUCCUUGGUCUGUGCGAUGCCCCACGAGAAGCCGCCUGCCUGCUCGGCCAGGCGGCCGAAGACCUUGAUCAUGUCCAUGUACUGAAAACCCGGCUCGACCGCCUGUCGAGGUCUGCUGUCUAGUCGACUUGGGAAGCGGCGAGUGGGUGAGCUGAUCCUCCGAGUCGACGCAGCGAUAGCCACGGAGGAUGCUUCACCAGGCCGAAUGGCUGGCGCCAGCAGCAAGCACCACAGCUGGAGAAGAAAGCGACGAAACGGUAAUGAAGAUUUCCUUCCCGCAUGCGGUCUUGAGACCCAGGGAGUCGACAGAGGGUCACCGUGUGGUGCUGGAUCUGACGUGCUGGCGUCGGCGGGCAUGGGAUCUGCUGAACAGUCGUCUGUGGACUCGCAACGGAUCUCGAUGAAUGGAGCCCGUCACGGUCUGCACGCGGACAACGGGCACGCGAUGACAGCCUCGCCUUGAGAGGAGAUCAGCG